CAGUUCCGGCGGCUCCGGGGACUCGGUUCACUAGAGACGUGCUCUGCAUGUGGACGGGUUGUGUGGACUCCGCGACUUCACCCACCCCACCUGCAUGUUUGAGGAGCCGGAGUGGGCCGAGGAGGCCCCAGUAGCCGCGGGUCUCCCGCCUGGAGCCUCGCGGCCUCGGCCCGCCUCAGCCUCGCAAAUCAAAGGCUCCAAGCAUCGUCAGCUCUUGGCAACAUUACGGGCCCUAGAGGCAGCAUCUCUUCCCCAGCAACCUCCUAGCCUGCCUGGCAGUGACUCUGAGGAGGAUGUGGUGGAAAGGAAGAAGAAACGCCCGAAAAAGGCCUCAUCUACCACUGCCUCUAUUGAAGUAGAGAAGAAGAGGAAGAAGAAAUGUCAACAACAGGGCCCACCUGGCAGUGACUAUGAAGAAAAGGAAGUAAAAAGGAAGAAAAAGUGCCUCAAAGGGGAUCUCAGUGCCAGUGACUCUGCUGAAGAACAGAAAAGAAAGAGGAAGUGCCAGAAACAGGUCCCCUCAAACCCCGCCCAGCACCAGGACAGUGAAAACCAAACAGGUCCCAAAGCUUGGAAGAGUAGUGCGACAAAUGACCAAUCCAAGCCAAGUCCUGGGUCCACUUCUGCCAACCCCCCCCAAACCUUGAGUCGCAAGCAGUGGCGGAACCGGCAGAAGAACAAACGUAGACAUAAGAACAAGUUUCGGCCACCUCAGCCACCAGACCAGGCUCCAGCCACAGCCCCCAAAGAGGAGACAGAGAUGCCUCCUGCCCCCAGCCCAGAUAACCAUGAGGAUCGGGCAGGGGCUCUGCGAGCGCGCAUGGCACAGCGGCUGGAUGGUGCCCGAUUUCGCUACCUCAAUGAACAGCUAUACUCAGGCCCCAGCAGUGCUGCACAGCGUCUCUUCCACGAAGAUCCUGAGGCCUUUCUUCUCUAUCACCGUGGCUUCCAGAGCCAAGUCAAGAAGUGGCCACUACAGCCAGUGGACCGCAUCGCCAGGGAUCUUCGCCAGCGGCCUGCGUCCUUGGUGGUAGCUGACUUUGGCUGCGGGGACUGCCGCCUGGCUUCAAGUAUCCGGAACCCUGUGUACUGCUUUGACUUGGCCUCUCUGGACCCCAGGGUCACUGUGUGUGACAUGGCCCAGGUGCCUCUGGAGGAUGAGUCUGUGGAUGUGGCUGUGUUCUGCCUUUCACUGAUGGGAACCAACAUCAGGGACUUCCUAGAGGAGGCAAAUCGAGUGCUGAAGCAAGGGGGUCUCUUGAAAGUGGCUGAAGUCCGUAGCCGGUUUGAAGAUGUUCGGACCUUUCUGGGGGCUGUGACCAAACUGGGCUUCAAGGUCAUCUCCAAGGAUCUUACCAACAGCCACUUCUUCUUGUUUGACUUUGAAAAGACUGGGCCUCCUCGGGUAGGGCCCAAGGCUCAACUCACAGGCCUGAAGCUUCAGCCAUGUCUCUACAAGCGCAGGUGACCCCUGCGCCUGCCUUGAAAGGGAAUGCAAGUCUUGAACUCCAGGCUCAGAAUUCUGAAGACUAUAUCCAGCCAGUCUCUGACCCGGGAACUGAUAACAUCACUUUCGCCGUCCUAAGACCACAAAGUGUGAUGAAACCCCCUGGCUCAGCCCUGCUCUCAUGAAGCCUUCUUGUUUGUGAGAAGCAUAAAGUCAUUCAGACUAGCUAAAGAAUAAGGAGUUUAUUGUGAAAAUACAAGGGUAUCUGGGAAUUAUGGGUCCUCCAGAUGUGGGAACUAGCUGGUUUGGAAUUCAAGGCAUCUCUGGGUUUGGCUCCUCUUUCCAUCUAUUAGGAGUCACGUGGAGUUUCUGCCCUGGCAUCUCUACUCUUCUCAUCUCUUUCUGCUGAGAAAAUCUACAGCCAGGGCUGGGUGCAUAAGAGCUAUGGCUGUGAUGUGUUGUAAGCCUUACUAUUUUCUAAAGUCCUUUCCUAGGUAGGGUUGGAGGUCGAAGAGUGAAGAAUGGAUUUGUUGACUGAGGAAUACUCUGGGAGAGCUCAAGAUAGGCCUUUCAAUGGGCUUCAUUUCACAGGGUAUUUAGAGAUUGUUGAUAAGACUCUGAGCUGUUCUUGGAGGAUCAUGGUAAGGGAGCUGGGUCCCUUCAUAAAUAACAACUGGUUGAUGCCAUGGUAGGCUGGGGGAUUGGGCUGUCCAUUGGCACAAGGGUCUGUUUGUUGUUUCCACCUUGCAGUGGGCCCAAAUCAGCAUGUCCUGGGAAAGCUACGGGCAAGGAAGCCUGGUGUUGGAAAAAGAUGAACUGGGAUGAUAGACCCUUGGCCUCUCCUGGAAGGUAUCUCCCAUGUCCAGGUAUAAAGAUGCAGCAUCUUACCUAUUUGGAAGGGCAGAAACUCAGAAUGCCCACUGGGACACAGCUUCCAGGGCUCUGAGCCAGUCAGAUGCCUCCAGUGAGGAGAUGGAGAUUUUGAGGUAGGCUGUAGGCCAGAGGGCAUGUUUGGAGGCUAGGCAGUGUACCGCAGUGUCUUCGCGUGUGUUCUGUCUGCUGAAUACUCGCCUGACUGACGAAGUCUCACUCAUCCUAGCUUAGUUGGUCCCUACUCCACCCCUCCUAAAGCAGAAUUAAUUCUUUAUCUGCAUUCUCCAAACUGCAUUGUGAUUGCUUUGUGCAUCAGGCUGCGGUCUUUUCAAGUCAUAUUUAUCUUUGUAUUCCCAGAGCUUGUCACUGAGGUGGUGGAAUAACAGGGUCUAGCUGGGUGGGGCUGAUGAGAACAGGGUGUUGGGAGGAACCCAGGCUCAGGGUACAAGAUGUGGGCACUGAGGACCAGAGACGAUGGAAGAAGUAAGCAGAUAGGAGAACUUGAGCAGGUAGAACAGGUGGGAUUGAUGAGGGUUGUGAGAGAGGAAUCUUCAGUGAGUCUGGUUUCUCACUUGAGCAACAGGUUAGGCUGGUGCUGCCGUUUAGAACGUUGGGUUGUAGGUACCUGUUCCAUGUUUGUUUGGAAGAGGGACGUAAAUGUGCCAGAGGAGACCUGUGCUAGGAUUUGGGAAUCAGUAGUCUAGAGGUGGUCAUUCAAGUCAUGGGAAUAGAUAAGACAUCCAGAGUAAGGUAGUGAGAAGAGAAAAUGGCUCCGAAUAAAACUCUGAGGAGCAUUUGAUGGAUGGGCAAAGGCAAAUGGACCAGUCAAGGUGACAAGGUGAGAAUGUUGGGCCAGAAAUGGAGGAGUAAAACUGGGAGAAUGGAUGCUUUCAAUAUGGAAGGAAGGGAGGGGGAGGUUGUCAGCUGUCAAACGCUGUUGCAAGGUCUGUUAAAAUUUACAGUGCAGUCAGACUGCAGUGAGUGAAGGUUGCUGAAUACUCUUGAGGGCCUGUUUGAAUUUAGAGUGGUAUUAUUCAUGACUUUAUGGUUACACCAGCCAGCCCAGUGGUGUGGUUAUCUCUUCCUACUCAGGAAUCUAAAUGUAACUGUGGGGAAAAUGAACACUAAGGGAUCAUCCAGAGUUGGAAUCUUGCCAUGCAGUGGAAAUCAAAGGAGGCAUUUCACACCAUUCAGAAGUAAUUGAUCACUGCUGGAUCGUGCACUAUUGUAGAAGAGGUAGGAGAGUGAAGACAGAGAGGUAGGUUGUUGCACUGGGAAUCAUUAAACAAGCAACCUGGGCAGGUGAGAGGUGGUGGUCAGAAAUUGGAGUGCUUUAAUUAUUAGUGUUGGAAGCACAGCAGCUCCAAGCAAUGGCCGUGUCUAGAGUGAAGCCACAGGGGUUAGUGCCUGAGAGGCGUGUGAGAGAGGUUGCCCAUACGUUGGGUAAUGGACUGAGGGGUCGGGUAUUAUGGGGAGGUCUUGUCUGAAUGGACUCUGACGUUCUCCAGGGUGAUGGUAGAAAUUGGCAUGGAACAGGUGCCAGCCUCUCAAGGGAGGGGGCGGAUCCAGGAGAUCUGCAGACAGAGUGAUGGGGAAGCUAGAUGGCAUGAAUUUCAGAAGUGCAGGGGAUUUGGACUGCCUGCUAGAGAGACCUCCACUGUGGGAGUGAUGUGAGGCUGGUGAGCUGGCUGCUAGACAGCCAAGAUAAAAUACCCUCAUAGUCCUCUCCAGCUUCUCAGGAUUCACUGGGGAUUUCUGGAGAAAUGAUUAUUACAGCAGCUGCAUGGGACAGGAGCCUCCAGGGGUAAGGGGAGGCAGGCCACAAAGUCCAAGGAAAGUGUUGGGAGUAGCAGGCAUCUCGCUGUGGGACACACAUUACCUUUGAUAGCUCCCUAUCUCUGUUCUUUUGCAAAUGUUUAUAUCCCCUAGGUCCUGGUUAUCUUCCCUGUUUUUUUUAUUCUCAGCAGGUCAGCUGUGGUCUGCCUUUCUCCUUUUUUUGUCCUCCUCACUUAUAAUUUGGAUUCUUCCUAUGCCUAUUCUGGCUCCAUCCACCCAGGUAAAUAUCUCUCUGGGUUUGACUCAGGCCUUGGACUCCCCGUAACUCAGCCCAGUGCCAUUAGUGUCUCCAUCAGUUGCUCUGAUUCUGAAAGUGGGACUCCCCCCAAGCCUGCUCUGGGCCCUCCUGGCUCCAUCAUCAACUUCAGGACAAACUCUUGGGCAAGCCCAAGCUCUUGGACUUCAGUGUUUAAUGCUGAGAGCUGAGGCUGGAGACGGAACAGUGUAUUUCCUUAGGAAAUAACUACAUGCCAGCUGCUCAAACAGCAACCUAGUUUAAAGAACAAUUUGAGAAGAGAUUAAAGGAAGGGCAAGAGUAGUAAGCGGUAGGUGGGAGGGGGUUGCUGUACCGUGCAAGGCAGUGCAUUAUAAUCACCCAGUGAUUAACGAGCCUUCCCCCAGUUUCUGAUUCAGGAGAUCAGGCUAGGGUUUGAAAAGUUCUAUUCUGGUUGCUUUGGUUUCUCACAGUGAAGCAGGAAGCAGGGUUGAGAGAGUAGCGGGGAAGGGGUUGGAGUUUUGAGGCGAGGAGAGCAUAAACGCCCUUAUUAGAGUUAAGAGGGAAUGAACGAAUGAGGGAAAUGGAAUAUGAUUGCUGGUGGUAUUAAUAGUAUGCUUGAGGUUCAAGGUCAGAAAGAGGAUGCAUGGGGAGAGACAGUGUAGGAUCUCUGUAGAGAGCUUGCUGUUGUGAGACAGCACAGCUGGACUGUGAGGGCCCACCCCCUCACCUCAGGUCUAACUGCGGACUCCACUGGGACCAUUCAGGAAGCUUGAGGUAUUUAUAUUCCUAUGGCCGAGGAGUGAUGAGCCUGGAGUCUUGACUCCCGCCCUGGGAAUGUAGAGGGCAAGCAGAGGCUCACUAACUGUCUCAGUGGUGAAGCCGGGGGAGUGCCGCUGCUUUUCCAUUGGCCCGCAUUCCCACACUUUGCUGUGGCAAUUGAGGCAUGUGUGUAUCCUGUGCAUCUUGCAGGAGAGAAGGAAGCGUGGGAUGGUCUUGGGUCCUUUCCAGUAGGACCAUUUGAGGAAGCAAGGAGACCUCAGCACAGAGCAGCUAGGAGUGUGCCAUGCGGGCUGAGGAGGGAAUUGCAGGAGACCACCCACCAAAGCGGCAUCCACCAGGGUCAAGGGGGCAGCUGGGAUGUCCCCGUUAAAUAUCUUUCAGGCCGGGCGCCUGGGUGGCUCAGUUGGUUAAGCGACUGCCUUCGGCUCAGGUCAUGAUCCUGGAGUCCCAGGAUCGAGUCCCACAUCGGGCUCCCUGCUCGGCAGGGAGUCUGUUUCUCCCUCUGACUCUCUUCCCUCUCGUGCUCUCUAUCUCUCCUUCUAUCUCAAAUAAAUAAAUAAAAUCUUUAAAAAAAAAAAAAAAAAAAAAAAAAAAAUAUCUUUCAGGCCCACAGGGCACAGAACCACCCAGUCCAGCAAGAACCUUCUUUCCUUUCUUACCCCCUUAUUUCUGUGCAGCUGGACCCAGAGCAGUCAGCAGCUGUUAGGUAAAUUGGAGGUAAGAAGAGCAGAGAGCAUACAGAUUAUUCUUCCCCUCCCCAGCUCAGGCUCCUUGAGACUCGACGUAAGUGGGGCAGGGCUGGGAGGUGAACGUAGCUAAAGCUACAGUAGGUGCAGAUUAUUUAUUGUUACAUAGGGUUAGACAUUCUAAUUGCUUGAGCUCUUAAGACUGUUAACUAAGAAUGAGCUGAAAAGUCACAGGCUUGCUGCAGCUUCUCUCCACAGCAGGGAACAGUGCCAACAAAGGAGAAAAGUUUGGAGGGGUGGUAAGAAUAAGGUUGGGUUUGGAUGGCAGCCUGUGCCUUGUGCUUGUUCAGCGUGCUUUGAGAUGUUUCUUGCUGCUGCAGUUUUUGGUGUGCUCCCGCUUUUGUUCCUAUAACACAGUCCUGCGGGAACACCGUUCCAAAGGAAACAACAUGAUCUUGGCAGAGACACAGCUCAGCUCCAAACACUCAAGCAUUUACAUAAUUGCACAAAGCCCUUCACAGCUUUUCACAGACACAGACCUGCAAUUAGAGCUCUCUAUCCACAGGUCGUCCUCCUUCCCAGGUGACUUCUCAGACUGGCCACCUGGUUCUAGGAUAUUUGACCACUGUAGCAACUGCCUUACUGGUCUAAUUGCUUCCCUUCCUGCCCCCAGAGCCAUUCAUUUCCCACACAGCCAAGUGAUUUUUAAAAUGUAAAUCAGAUAUGCCAUUUCUCUUUUUAAAAUCCUUCAAUGGGUUCUCAGUGUUCUGAGAACAAAAGACGUAGACUUGUUCCCAAGCCCUGUGUGAUCUGCCCAGGCCUCGCUCUCCAACUGCAUCUUAACCCAUUGCUUCCUCCUGAGGCUCCGGCCACACAGGCUUUCUUUUCUUUCCUCAAGCAUUCCAAGCUGCUCCUGCUGGCUCUUUACACAUGCUGCCCCAUCUUUCUACAGUACUUUUCGUGAUGAGCUCAUUUUCAUCUUCCAGAUCUUCACACCAGUAUCUGCAUUUCUUCUGUAGAAGAAACUGGCUAGAUGCUCACCAAAAUGUCCUGUUCACAGACACACAGUUAAACUCCUUUUCCCAGCUCCUUGCAUCAAGGUGAGGCUCUCUGAGGGGCGCCUGGGUGGCUCAGUUGGUUAAGCCACUGCCUUCGGCUCAGGUGAUCCUGGAGUCCCGGGAUCGAGUCCCACAUCGGGCUCCCUGCUGAGCAGGGAGUCUGCUUCUCCCUCUGACCCUCCCCCCUCUCAUGCUCUCUGUCUCUCUCUUUCAUUCUCUCUCUCAAAUAAAUAAAUAAAAUUAAAAAAAAAAAAAAGGUGAGGCUCUGUGAAUGGUCCUCACCAACGGAAAGUGAGUAGAAGUGAUGUUUUACUACCAGACCAAGGCAGCUACAGAGUGGAUGAGUCUUCUCCACAUUCCCACACCCCCUCCUGCCUGCCUCAGUAAUCUUGAAGCACAUGUUUUGAAGACAGUGGAGUCAGAACAUAGAGUCUGAGUCACUGCUUGGAGGAAAGCUGUUUGACCAAGAACAUCCACGUUGGAUUUUAAACGAAAAGAAACCUCUGUUACAUUAAGUUACUGAGCUUUGGGAAGGUUACAGAAGUUAGCAUUAUAUACCCUGGCUAAUAGAUGUUUUCUGGGCAUCCUGUCCACCUUACUCCAGAUCACAAAACCCUUUUUGUUUCCUUCAGGGUGCUUCAAACAUACCGUUUUACCAGGUGCCAGUCAACACUCCUACCUGUCCCAUAACUUUGAAUCUUAAUUGAGAGAAAAAAGCUCACAUGAGGAAGUUGAGAUACUCAUUUUAUCAGUUGCAUUUUUUUUUUUUAAGAUUUUAUUCAUUUAUUUGAGAGAACACAAGCAGGGGGAGUGGCAGGCAGAGGCAGAGGGAGAGGGAGAAGCAGGCUCCCCGCUGAGCAGAGAGCCUGACGCCAGGCUUGAUCCCAGGAACCUGGGAUCGUGACUUGAGCCGAAGGCAGAUGCUUAACUGAGCCACCCAGGUGCCCCUGUCAGUUGCAUUUUGAUUGUGACCAGAAGAAAAUAUCCCACUGAAGAAUGUCCUAAACAAAUUAGAUUUUUAUUCUAAUAUUAUUAGAAACCCAAAGGUAGGUGGCUGGUGACAUUGGUUUAGGAACUCAAGGAUGUUAUUAGGUCUUUGUUACUCUUGGUCUCUUGAUUCUGAUUUGUUCAAGGUGAUGUGUUCUUGAUUGGGCAGGGACAUCCUACUUACUGUUUUACUUCUUGGGAGUCUUGCUGAUUGCCACAGCCCCUACCUUUUUGACCUUACUUCAGGGGUCUUUCUACAUUGUUAAUACUCUGGUGUAUAUAUGUUUCAUUAUUCCCUAAACAUAACUGAGGCCAAUCUAAACUAUUAGCAUUUUAAAUAUAUUUGUCUCCCUCAUCCCUUCCCACACCUCACUGACCUGUGAGCAACUUAGCCAAUUCAAAGCUCUUCUUCCUCCAGCCCCAGUGAGGUGGGGAAACAUGGUCUGUUUCUUUCACUCAUUCUUUACCUCCUCUCUUACUUAGGAUUGGGAUGGGGAGGGCACAUUGGAGGAGAAAAAACUAAACUCCCAUCAGUGUGCUCUACUAAGGCAUUUAAAUGUUGCCUCUAUGUGAGCUAUUGGGGUUCUCUGGAGGCCCCAUGGGGACUUGUGCACUGACUGGCUUUGCUUCCCUCCUUAUGAUACACAGCCCACACUCCUCUUCAGCUCCUGCCCCUGUCCGUGAAUCCACAGCCUGCUAAUGCUAACAUCCCUCCCCUGGGCAGCCCUCCUGGGAGCGGUCCCAACAAACACCUCAAGACUGGUUUUCUUUCGGGUGCCUGGGUGGCUCAGUUGGUUAAGCGACUGCCUUCGGCUCGGGUCAUGAUCCUGGAGUCCCGGGAUUGAGUCCCGCAUUGGGCUCCCUGCUCAGCAGGGAGUCUGCUUCUCCCUCUGACCCUCUUCCCUCUCGUGCUCUCUGUCUCUCAUUCUCUCUCUCUCAAAUAAAUAAAUAAAAUCUAAAAAAAAAAAAAAAAAAGACUGGUUUUCUUUCAAGAAGCCCACUGGAAACUCAUGCAUAUUUGUCCCACCAGACACUGAAAGUGCAGGCCAGCCAGCAGCUGACUUCUUUCUCCCUGCUUGCCCCUGCCAGCCCAACUGACUUCUCCAUGUGAGAAGUAAAGCACCAAUCUCUAUAGUCAUAGGACUCCAAACCUUCAUAAGUGAUUCAGGUUCUAUUCUCCCAAGAAGCCUUUGCCCCAGGCUCCACCUCCGUGGUCAUAUGGAGAUGGCUCUGUUAAGUUCCUGGGUGUGGCAGACCUCUAGAGAAUGUAAUCUGAAUGAAUAUAAAGCCUGUCCCUUGUGGGAACACAAAAUGACUAUAGAUGGUUCUUUGGAGCCCUUCUCACUUGAUUUAGGAUGGACGGAACAGCACUGCUCCUUUUCCUUUCAGGGAGGAAAAGUUCUCUAUUCCUAAAAAUUCCUAUCAAUGCAUCUUUCAUUUCUCACUUCUUAUACAAUAGAAAGUUGGGGGGCUCUGGAUCAGCUUUAUUAUCUUAGGAGUAAAUCCUAUGUGGAUAUAUGCAGCACCUUCUUUAGAAUGUGUCAGUACCUGUUACCUAUUGUGUUCAGUUUUGGUGUAUUACCCAAAGAUCUUAGACAACUGAAAACCUCAUUUAAUGUCCUCAUUCUUAUGUACAUAUUCUUAGGAAGUGUGAACUAUGUGCAUAUGCUUUAUUUAUAUAGAGUGUUACUGAUGAUGUAUUCUUACUUUCCCACCCUCCUCCCUCACUCAGCUGUGUUUUUAAUAUCCAUUCACCUAUCAAUCAGGGCCUUGUCAGGAAAAUGCAAACCACACUAAGUAUUUCAAGUGACGGCAUUUAAUACGGAGAAUUGAUUGAAGUGUCGGAAGGCUGAAAGAGUAGGAAGAAGUUGCUGAUGUAAUUCAGAAAUUAAUAACUGGAGAUAUCUGAGAACAUCCCAAGUCCUGGGGAAACAAACAGGAAGAAGUGGUAUAAUCACCGGAAACUAGGAGCUCAGAGAAGGGGCCCCUUUUGGCUGAUACUAGAGCUUUGUGGGGGAAGCUCCUUCCAUGUACCUAGUGCUUGGACGUCUGAGGAAGGGCAUGAUGGCCUGUCUGCUGCUAAAAUCUCUUGACAAGUGAGGCAAAGCUGCUGCUAAAUGCAGAAGCGGCUAGUAGCUGGAGACAGCUGCCUGCAGCUGAAGUAGGGUGACAGCAUCUGGAAAACAGGAAUGAAGGGCCUUCCUCCUGACUUUCACUUUCAGUUUCCCUUUAGGAUGUCCCAUUGACAGGACCUAAUGGAACCAGCUGGCAGUAGAUUCUGGGAAAUAAGGAGUUUGCAGAAUCUCAGCUGCUGCAACACAACCAGAGUGUGUUAAGGGGGUGGGCGGAGAUAACGUAGUGGUUUAGGAACCCAAAGAAGAUAGGUAAAUAAGGAAUAUAAUCCGUGUCGUUUCUCAUGACUUUGUUGCUUCUGUCAGCCACAUAAUAAUAUGCCUCCAUUCACCUUGUUGCUUCAAAUUCUUUGCUACCUGGAGAAAUUAAAAUCCUUGGAGCUAGCAUUCUUAUAAAAAUUAUGUUCCACCAAUUCGAUGCACUCACGGGAUUUGGGAGGCAAGGGUCAUCCUCCUGCUGCUUGGCUGUUGCUGCUGGAAAGCAUGUUUAUCUAGAUGUUGGGCUCUCUGUAGCUGCCUUCCCACUGACGCCAAGGAUGACGUAAGGAUGCUUACUGUAAUGGCUGAAGUUCCACGUGGGACGGAGGUUCAACAGGUAAAAUCCCAUCUACUCUGUGAUGCGUACAGCGUUUGGCUAUAACAAAGUGUGGUUAAGAAGAGAAAGUCCUGGGAGGACAUCAAUAAGUAGUAAGAACUCGUGAGAAGUCCAAGGAGUGAGGCUUAGAAAACAGACUGGACCAGGAGAGGAUGGACAGCUGUAAAGACUAGGGUCAAAAUUCAGAGUCAGUCCGGUUAGGAUGGUGCUUCUGGCACCGUCCCUGCUGGACUUCUUGUCUCUUUCAUUGCUGCAUCGAUUGAUGCUAAGAAUUGAGUUAAGCCUCCUAAAUGUAUGGCCCUGUUUUAGGAUUGGCCCAUGAAAGCCCCCUCUUCUGUUCUUUGUUUCCUUUAUUCCUGAUUCUCGCUCUUCUGUUCCUCACCCCCGCAAGGUGUUUGUUGCAUGUCUCUAGAUACGUAUGUAUCUUUGGCCAGAUACAUGGUUUUGGUAUAUAUAUGUUGUGGCAGAGACCUGCCAGGUGUUCCUCACACCCAUGUUCUUCCUGGGAAAUCAGCCGGACUCUGUUUCCCAGCUCCCCUCAUGCUUAAGUGUGGCCACAGGAUUGAAUUUAGCCAGUUGGAUGAUAGCAGAACUAAUGUGUGCUACUUACAGAUUUGGGUCCUUACAUUUUCCUAUGCAUAGUCCUCUGUUAUCCACUAUGGCCACCUUCAUGCAUUUGCACAUGUGACCUUGAAAGCUACAUGCUGAAGAUGCUGGAGCCAAAAGAUGGAAGGAGCCUAGAUCCCUGAAACAUCACUUAGAGAAGAGCCACCCACCAAUUAGUGAUGUAGGAAAUGGUGGGGUUCAGAGCUGAUGGCCAAGAAAAAAUUCUUGAGAUGUCUUUGGUGCAAAAAGAUGGUUUUAUGAAAGCAUGGGGACAGGACCUGUGGGCAGAAAGCUGCACUGGGGUCCUGAGGAGUGGCCGAUUAUAUACUUUCAAGUUGGGAGGGGGUGAGGGAUAGCAUAGGCUUUGAGGUAUUUAGGGAUAGCACAGGUUUCUAGGACCUUGAGGAGGCUAGCUAUUGUUGGGAAAAGGUCAUUUAUUACUGUUUAGUAAAAAUUUAGUCAUGAGACCCUUCAGAUGUAUAUCAGUGGGCCAGAUGCUUGGAGGAUGCUUGUCAACGUGUAUCUUUGGGGAGUUUAGAGAUAAAGGAAAUUUCCAAAGUAGUUUUUAAAUGUUAAAGUUGACUGACAGGAUCCCGGGGUGUCGGGCUAAGAUUGCCUUUUGCCCUUAGCAAAGUAUUAACAUCGAGGCAGCUGAGUUCCUAGAGGAAUGUCACUCUGCCUAUUUCAAGGAUUUGUCAAUGGACUGUAAGUAGUAAGGAAAUUUAAUUUUUCUUUUGCCUUUGUUUCCCAUAUCAUUAGGAACACCUGUUUCGGACUUCACAUGAGUGAGAAAUCAUUUUCUUUAUGGUUGAACCAUUACACCCUUGAAGGUUUGUUGUUACAGCAACUACUGAUUUUUUUUUCAAAUCCCUUUUAGUCAAACACCUCAGAAAAGUAAACAAAACACACAUCCAUAUAGAAAAGAAUGAAACAAAAAUGUUUGGCCCAUUGUUUAUCACAGGCCAGCACCAUUGUAACCACCAUCCGAAUUGAGAAAGCUUCAGCACCUGAAAACCUUUUAUGCUACCUCCCAAACAUCAACCACUUUCUUCUCUCAGCCAUACAAAGUUACCAUCAUCCUGACUCUCAUGACAUUAAUUUCCCUGCUUUUCUGUGUAGUCUUACUAGUUAAGCCUUGUGAUACUGUGAUUUAUAACAAAAAAUACAUAUUUGGUCUUCCUCCCAUUUCUAACACAGAGCUUCUAAAACCAUUGGAAUUUCCUAAGUGGUGAGAGCUGGGAAACUGUCUUUUGUGUUAAUGAGACAACUUUUGUAAUGCCCCAAGUCACCUGGGAUGGAAGGCUUGCCUUCCCACAUGCUUUGUCCUAAGUAUCUUUUCCACUUGGAUGUUCAGCUGCAUUCUUUAUUGUAUUCUUUUAUAAUAAACCAGUAAAUGUAAGUAAACUGUGAGCUAUUCUAGGAAAUUAAUUGAACCCCAGGAGUGGGGUGGUCAUUGGAAUCUCCAAUCUGUAGUCAGAAGCACCAGUUGAAACCUGGAUUUUCAACUAGUGUCUGAUGUGAGGGAGGAGGGCAGUCUUGUAGGACUGAGCCCUAAAUCUGUGCAAUCUGAUGCUGUCUCUAGGCAGAUAGUGUCAGGAUUAAGGUGAGUUAUAGGACACCCUGCUGGUGUCUCAGAGAAUUACUUGUUGGUGUGGGGGACGACCCCAUGGUGGAAUUUGGUGCUCAGACCCCUUUUUAAGUAUCUAUACCUAAAUAGUAUAUAUUUCCAUGCGUCUGGCUUCUUUUACUCAACAUUAAGUUUUUGGGAUUCAUCCAUGUUGUUGAGUACAAAUGAAUUUCUUUCACUGUUCUUACUGUAGAAUUAUCCUGUUCUGUGUGUAAAUUACAACUGUAAACCACAGUUGAUUGAUUCAACUAUUCAUGUACACUUGAGUGGUAUAUCAAUCAGAAUGGGCUGGGCCAUGCUGCAGGAAAUAAAAAUCCAAAAUGUUAAUGGCUUAACACCACAGAAGAGGCAGGGACUACUCAUAGUUACUCAGGGUCCCUAGCCAAUGCAGUACAUGCUUCCAAAAGGAAAGAAAAGGGAACAAGGCAGAUCACUCCCUGGCACCAAAAGUUUCAGCCCAUAAGUAACACAUGUCCUUUUUGCCUCUAUGUAAUUGGCCAAAACAAGUCUCCUUGCCAUGUAUAACUCCAUAGUUGGUAAGAAAGUACACAGUAUGGCGGUUCCUCAAAAAGUUGAAAAUAGGGAUACCAUACAAUCCAGCAGUUGCACUACUGGGUAUUUACCCCAAAGAUACAAAUGUAGGGAUCUGAAGGGGUA